AUGGACGAGAUUAAUCGAUGGGCGGACAUUGAUGAAGAUUUGUUGAAAGAAAUUUCAAAACGGUUACAUGCCUACCAUGAUUACAUCCAACUUCGAUUGGUUUGCAAAGAGUGGAGCUUGAAACUUCCAAAAAUUCCCAAUGGAAAUAAAAUUCCAUGGUUAUUGUUACCUGACGAAACUGUCAAGAAUCAUUCAUACGAAGAUGAGGAGAUUUAUCAUCUCAUGCAAUUAGCUGCUGCAGAUGAUGAAAUUCUUGAUACUUGCGCCCUUGAAGAGAAAGAUAUUUACCAUAUCAUGCUGCCAGAGAUGCAGUCCUACAACAAGUUAAUUCGCGGUUCUGGUCAUGGAUGGUUGAUUGUCGUAUCCAUAUCUGAUGGCACUAUCCAAAUGUUAAAUCCAUUUACAAAUCGUAAUUUGGAUCUUCCUCCAAUCUCAACUUUACCCACUAUAAUUGAUUACCAGCCUGAUAAUCAUGAGGAUGAAUACACACUCUGGGAUUUUCGUGACAUUAGGAGCACCCUGGAUAGAGAUAGAGUGCAUAGAUUCCAAGUUUUUAAGGUUAUUAUAAACUCAUCUCCUGAGCAUGACAUUGAAAAUUUUAUGGCGGUGGUGAUAUUCGGACCUAACCAGAGACUGGCCUUUUACAAGCCUGGCAAUAUGAGAUGGGUAGAAUUUCCAACCAGAGAUAAGAGGUUUGAGGACGUAAUAUUUUUCCAAGAAAAGAUAUAUGCCAUAAACAAUGACGGGCAGCUAUAUGAAUUUGAUACAAAGAUAAGAGCAGGGCUUAAGGGAGGAAUCCAUGAAACCAGACCUCCAUCUGAAAUUCCCAUAGGCCCUCAAAAGCUUAAAUAUCUUAUUGGGUGCGCCAAUGGAAGCUUAUUGAUGUUGGUAAGACAUGUUCGCCAUCCCUCGAGAAAAAUACGCAGGGAAUUUGAAACUUACAAAUUCGAUAUCUAUGAGUUAAAAAGAAAUAGAAAAGAAUGGUCAACAUUAGAUAAUUUAGAUAACUACAUACUAUCGAUUGGAUUUAAUUCUUCUGUUCAAAUUCCUGUGCCUUUUCUAAGCAAAGGAAAUCAGAUUUGGUUUACAGAUAACCAAAUAGAGCUGCAAUCAUCAUUUUACGAUCCUGUUCCUCAAGAUAUUGGCAUCUUCGAUUUGGACUAUGGAAGUUUCCAUAGAGUAUUGUUAGAAGUGAAGUUCUUUUGUCCUCCUGUUUGGUUGUUACCCUAA